AUAUUAAAAAACAAGUUUCAUAAGACAAAUCUUAAAGCACGAAUUCAAGUUUAAAAAAACGAGUGGCGUAGCCACGAGUUUUUUUAAAGAAUGAGUGCUUUAGGGUCUUAUGAAACGAGUGUUUUAUACAGUUUUUUGUAAUUUGCCAUUUUAUGCCGUUUUUCGAAAAAAAAUUUUCAUUUCGCCGAUUUAGGGAUUUUUGUGACAGUUGGUACUUACUGGCAAUGAUCUUUUAAAUUUAAAAGUGAAAAUUUAAUCUAGUCGGCUUUUGUUUUAUAAUGUCACAAAGUACUAAAAUGGAAGACAAUCAAGACAACAUUUUAUGUACGCCUCCGGAAAUCCGUGAAAUUGCCAAAAAUACGGUUCAAAACUUACUACCUGAUAAAUCUCGUGAGGAGUAUAUGAAACAGUACGAAAAAUUCGAAUCAUGGUGCAACCAAAAUAAUAUUCACGUCAUCUCCGAAAACGUCCUACUUGGAUAUUUUGAACUUAAGCGUACAAAAUACAAGCCAUCGACGUUAUGGACAAUUUACUCGAUGUUAAGGUCCUGCUUGAGUGUACACAAAAACGUUGAUAUUUCGAAAUUCAACAAAUUGCAGGCUUUAUUGAAACGAGCAUCUCAACAUUAUACUCCUAAAAAAUCUAAAAUUUUAGAAGAGAAUAAUAUAAACACAUUUCUGAGUGAUGCCGAUGAUAAGACAUACCUGGCAAUGAAAGUUAUCUUAAUCAUGGGUUAUAAUGGAGCAUGUAGGCGAGAGGAGUUGACGAAUAUGUGUGUAGAUGACAUACAAUAUAGAGCUGAUUCCAUAAUGGUCGUUAUACCGAAAACCAAAAAUUAUGUCCCUAGAACUUUCCUCGUGACAGACGAAAAUUGGAUUCACCUAAUUAAAAAAUAUGCCAACUUAAGGCCUAAAAGAGUAACCCACCGGCGAUUUUUUUUAACGUACCGUAAUGGGUAUUGUAUUAAUUGCCCUAUGGGGAUUAAUAUGAUAGGAAAAGUGCCUAAAAUAAUUGCUGCCUUUCUUAAAUUAUCAGAUCCUGAACAUUUUACAGGGCAUUGUUUUAGGCGAUCUAGUGCCACACAUAUCGCAAAUUCUGGCGGCGAUUUAUUAACAAUAAAACGCUUAGGUGGAUGGAAAUCUUCAGGAGUUGCUGAAACCUAUGUCGAAGCAUCCCUGCAAAAUAAAAUUGAUGUCGCAAAUAUGUUUGCACAACAAAAGGAUUUAAACUUACCUGGAUGCUCCACUUCCACAGCUUCGGAGCAAGAAAUAAACAUAAAUUCGGACAGAAGCAAAACAGUUCCUGAUAGCAAAAACAAUGAACAAAAUUUGUCCUCGACACAUGGGUUAACUGUAAAUUCUAAAGAUAAUUCCAAAGUUAAUAUCAAUAUAUAUAAUAAUUGUACCUUCCAGCAACCAAUGUCAAAUUAA